AUGGGCCCGCUGAACGUCCACGACCUGGACGAGCUGUACCGCCCGCUCGAUCCGUCGGCCUUUCGAUACAACCCGCGCUGUCUCGAGCGCAGCUUUAACGCUCGUCCGCUGCACCGGUUCGCCGGCGCCGCCGCCGUGCAGCGGAUCCUGGCGGCGCAGACGAUCCAGGAGUUUCUCGCGGUGCUGGACCCGACGAUGGGCGAUGUGUUUUCGUCGGUGCAGGAUCCAGCGUUCUUCCUGCACCAUGCGAUGGUGGAUCGGCUGUGGGGGAUGUGGCAGGAGGCAGGUCCGGGGCGACGGGAUGCGCUGAAUGGGACGGCGUGGAUGUUUGAUCCGCCGUGGGCGACGAAUGUGAGUGUCGAUACGGUCGUGGAGUUUGGCGUGCUCGGGGGCCCGCGGAAGAUUGCAGACUUGAUGGAUCCAUUGGCAGGGCAGCAUUGCUACAUCUACUCGUGA